AUGAGGGUGAUCGAAGUCAUCAUCGACGGCUUCAAGUCAUAUGCCGUACGCACCGUCAUCUCGGGCUGGGACGAGAGCUUCAACUCCAUCACCGGUCUGAACGGUAGUGGCAAGUCCAAUAUCCUCGAUUCAAUAUGCUUCGUUCUCGGUAUCACCAACAUGACGACCGUUCGCGCCCAAAACCUGCAGGACCUCAUCUACAAGCGCGGUCAGGCCGGUGUUACAAAAGCCUCAGUGACCAUCGUCUUCGACAACAAGGACAAGGCAAAGUCGCCCAUCGGUUUCGAAGACUACCCUACCAUCUCCGUCACUCGCCAAAUCGUCCUCGGUGGCACUUCCAAGUACCUGAUCAAUGGCCACCGCGCUCAGCAAACCACCGUGCAGAACCUGUUCCAGUCCGUCCAACUCAACAUCAACAAUCCCAAUUUCUUGAUCAUGCAGGGUCGCAUCACCAAAGUCUUGAACAUGAAGAAGGAGGAAAUUCUAGGAAUGGUCGAGGAGGCUGCAGGAACACGCAUGUUCGAGGAUCGCAGAGACAAGGCUUUCCGUACCAUGGCAAAGAAAGAAAUGAAGGUUCAGGAGAUUAUGGAGCUUCUGCGUGACGAAAUUGAGCCCAAGCUGGACAAGUUGCGACAAGAAAAACGAGCCUUCCUUGACUUCCAGCAGACGCAAAAUGACCUGGAGCGCCUGACACGACUUGUUGUGGCAUACGACUACCUCAAGAGCAAGGAGAAGCUUCGCAUGAGCGAAAAGGAUCUUAACGACAAGAGACAAAGAGCCAUGUUCCUCGAGAGCAACGCCGAGAAGCUGAAGAAUGAAAUCGCCUUCCUGCAAGAAGAUAUGGACAAGGUCAAAGCCGCAAGGGACAAGGAGUUGAGGAAGGGUGGUAAAUUCCAAGCCCUGGAGGACAAGGUCAAGGAACACUCCCACGAGCUGGUUAGGUUGACCACAGUCUUGGACCUCAAGAAGUCAAGCAUGGCCGAGGAGAGCGAAAACCGCGCAAAAAGCCAGGCGACCGUGCAAGAAUUGAGCAAACAACUGGAACAAAAGUCCCACCUGCACAAGCAACUCCAGGAACGUUACGAUGCAGCCAAUGCAGAGCUUCAGAAGCAAACAGCCGAGGUUGAGCAAAAGGAGGAACUUCUCCAGACAUUACAAACAGGUGUUGCAUCCAAGGAAGGUCAGGAAGGCGGUUACCAAGGUCAACUUCAAGAUGCCCGCAACCGACUCAGUGCCGCGGCGACCGAACAAGAACAAGCAAAACUCAAGAUUUCGCAUCUGGAAAAACGCUUGAAGGAAGACGAGCCUCGUGCUAAGAAGGCAGAAAAGGAGAACGCUGGCCUGUUGAAAUCUCUCGAUGGCCUUCGCUCCCAGGCAAAGGAGCUGGAGGCUCAGCUCGCAAAAGUCGGCUACGAGCCUGGCCGUGAAGAGGCUAUGCACAAGGAACAAUCUCAGCUGCAACAACGUAUCCGUGAACUGAAAGAGCAGGCCGAAGGCCUCAAGAGGCGAGUAGCAAACAUUGACUUCAGCUACAGCGAUCCAACACCUAAUUUCGAUCGUUCGAAGGUGAAGGGUUUGGUAGCACAGCUGUUCAAUCUUGACAAGAACUUCACACAGGCAGGCACAGCUCUCGAAAUCUGCGCCGGAGGUCGUCUAUACAAUGUUGUAGUUGACACCACUCAAACUGGUACGCAACUGCUCCAAAACGGCAAGUUGAAGAAGCGAGUAACAAUCAUUCCAUUGAACAAAAUCUCUGCUUUCCGCGCUGCUUCUGAGAAAAUUGGUGCUGCCAGAAACAUGUCAAAUAACAAAUGCGACCUUGCGCUCAACCUCAUUGGAUACGAGGAAGAGGUCAACGCCGCAAUGGAGUACGUGUUCGGAAACACACUCAUUUGUGAGGAUGCUGCAACUGCUAAAAAGGUCACCUUCGAUCCUGCUGUACGCAUGAAGAGUGUCACAUUGGAGGGUGAUGUCUACGAUCCUUCUGGUACUUUGUCUGGUGGUAGCUCACCGAAGACAAGCGGUGUGCUGGUCACUCUUCAGCAACUGAACGAGAUCACACGAGAGCUCGACUCAAGACAGGCAGCUCUGCAUCAACUACAGUCCAUCAUGGCGCAAGAGAAGCAGAAACUUGACGCUGCAAGGACAUUCAAGCAACAAUUCGAUCUGAAGAGCCAUGAAAUAUCGCUUGCUGAGCAGCAAAUCAACGGCAACUCGUCGUCCUCAAUCAUUCAAGCCAUUGCAGACACCAGGGCUGGCAUUGUUGAGCUCAAGCAGAGCAUUGUCGAAGCCAAAGCACGUCAGGACGAAGCAGCCAAAGAGGUCAAACGCAUCGAAAAGGAUAUGCGUGACUUCAACAAUAACAAGGACAGCAAGCUUGUCGAAUUACAGACAGCGCUCGACAAGCUCAAGAAGUCACUCAGCAAGAACUCUGCUUCUAUCAGGCCAUUACAGCAAGAAGUGAGAGAUGCCAUGCUCGAGGCAGAGCAAUGUGGCAGUGACCUCGCAGCCGCCCAAGAGCAGUUCCAGGGUGCAGAAGUUAAUCUCAAGACUCAACAAGAGGAGCUGAAGUCACUGAUGACUGAGGGACAAGCCGUCAAGAACGCACACGACUAUGCUCAAGCACAAUUAGAUGACGAGCGAAAGAAACUGUCUGGUUACGACACCGAGCUCGCCGAUCUCGAAGCUGCCUCACGAUCCAAAUCAGCACAAAUAACGGAGGAAGCGCUUGAGGCACAGAAGCUUGGUCACCAGAUUGAGAACUUUGCAAAGCAACAGCAAGCCGCCAACCAAACGCUACAAACCAUGGAGAAGGAACACGAAUGGAUUGCUGACGAAGUCGACUCUUUCGGCCGACCCAACACACCCUACGACUUCAAUGGUAUGAACAUGGCAGAGAGUAAGCGCUCGCUUGCUGGCCUAAGCGAACGCUUCCAAGGCAUGAAGAAGAAGAUCAACCCCAAGGUCAUGAACAUGAUCGACAGUGUCGAGAAGAAGGAAGCAUCUUUGAAGAACAUGAUGCGCACCGUCAUCCGCGACAAGAAAAAGAUCGAAGAAACCAUCGCCCAACUAGACGAGUACAAGAAAGAAGCCCUACACAAGACAUGGAGCAAAGUCAACGUCGACUUUGGCAACAUCUUCAACGAGCUCCUCCCAGGCGGCAACACAGCAAAACUCGACCCACCAGAAGACAGCGGCGACAUCUCCAAAGGCUUGGAGGUGAAAGUCUGUCUAGGCAAAGUGUGGAAACAAUCCCUCACCGAACUUUCCGGCGGCCAACGCUCCCUCAUCGCAUUAUCGCUUAUCCUCGCCCUGUUGCAGUACUCACCUGCUCCAAUGUAUAUCCUUGAUGAAGUGGAUGCCGCGUUGGAUCUCUCACACACACAGAAUAUUGGACGCUUAAUCAAGACGAGGUUUAAGGGCAGUCAGUUUAUUGUUGUUAGUUUGAAGGAUGGAAUGUUCCAAAACGCCAACAAGAUUUUCAAGACGAGGUUUUCGGAUGGUACGUCGGUGGUUCAGGUGCUUACGCCUGGGGAUUUGAAGUAA